AUUAAUUAUAAAAGUAAUUAUUAACAACAGCCUCUAAAGUUGAAUGCCUACAAAUAGUCUCCAAAUCCCAUUUAGAGGCUACAUUGUAUGUAAUCUGGAAGGAACCGGGCUCUGUAAAACCGAACUCUUUGUCCCAGACAUAUGUAACAGUGUGUGGAAUGGUUACUGCUUCUAAUCUGAUGGUGUUUGUGUGGAUCCUUCUGUUUCUUUCCAUCCAAAUAUGGUUUAUGUCAGCUGUCCACACAAGCUUAGGAAUGCUAGCUCUAGUAGAUACCUCCUGCCAGAGUUGGGCUGAGAAAGAGCACGAGGAUAAAAGGUUAUCCUGGUUUCAGUCCCAGCUUUACAUAGAACACUUUUUGUAUCAACAGUAGAUGAUCAUUUCUGCUGCCUUGUAUCAUAGCUUUUCUUAGGAACAAGAUUGGAAAACCAUAUCAGGUUUCCCAAUGGUACCUUGGGUUGUUGGGUCCUUAAAAUAGUUCCAUGCGUGGCCUGCCUGAAAUGUACCAGGUGGAGAUGGCAGCCACCACAUGUUCUUUAUGAUCCUGAUUAAAAGGAUUGGUCCUUAAGCCUGCUGGAGACAUCAAGUUCCUUGGAAUUUAGAACAGAACAUUGUUUGGGUUAUGUUCGAUUUCGUCCCUAAAUUACUGAACGUAAUUAAAAUGAAAUGUACAAAAGGAAGAGCAGAAGCAGCCACGGGACUGUUGUCUUCAUCCAGCAGAGAUAUUGUUGUUGAUUAGAACGGAACCAAAGGCACAAUUUUUAGAUUCUCCUCGUGGCCGUCUCUAUCUGGGUUCUUUGCGAUGGCGGUUCCGGCAGCGGUGGCAGUUAACGGAGGAGCGACGAUUGGGUUGGCGUCGCGGGCGUAUUUGGAGAGCAGACCAGUGAAGGAAACGAAGGUUCUGAUAUCGGAGCUUUGCCGCCAAUUUUACAACCUCGGAUGGGUCUCCGGGACUGGUGGCAGCAUCACGAUCAAGGUCCAUGAUGACUCCAUCCCCAAGCCUCAGCAACUCGUUGUCAUGUCCCCUUCCGGUGUUCAAAAGGAGAGAAUGGUCCCAGAGGAUAUGUAUGUAUUGUCUGCAGAAGGGUCCAUCAUAUCUUCACCAUCUCCAAAACCAUAUCCACAUAAGCCCCCCAAAUGCUCUGAUUGUGCUCCUCUUUUCAUGAAGGCAUAUCAUAUGCGCGAUGCUGGAGCUGUCAUCCACAGUCAUGGAAUGGAGUCUUGUCUUGUAACAAUGAUAAAUCCACUUUCCAAAGAGUUCCAUAUCACUCAUAUGGAGAUGAUAAAAGGAAUCAAGGGUCAUGGUUACUAUGAUGAACUUGUUGUCCCAAUAAUAGAAAAUACAGCCUAUGAAAGUGAACUAACAGAUUCCCUGGCCAAAGCUAUAGAGGCCUACCCUAAAACAACUGCUGUGCUUGUUCGCAAUCAUGGUAUAUAUGUAUGGGGAGACUCAUGGAUCAGUGCCAAAACUCAGGCUGAAUGCUACCACUAUCUCUUUGAUGCUGCGAUCAAACUUCACCAACUAGGUUUAGACUGGUCUACUCCGGAUCAUGGCUCUAUUCAGAAGGUCAAUGGAGUUUUAGGCAAAAAUCAGAAGAUAAAUGUGACUGCAAAGGCAGGGACCACAGGCUCCAAUUAUGAAGCUGAGCAAUUGCCGUGUUGUAUUGUCCUGGACAUUGAAGGAACUACAACUCCUAUUUCAUUUGUUACCGAUAUUCUCUUUCCAUAUGCCCGUGACAAUGUUGGAAGGCAUUUGUCUGCAACAUAUGAUACAACUGAAACAAAAGAGGAUAUUGAGUUGUUACGCUCUCAGGUUCAAGAUGACUUGAAGCAAGGUGUUGCUGGUGCUGUCCCCAUUCCCUCUAAUGAUAUGGGGAAAGAGGAGGUGAUUGCAGCUUUGGUUGCCAAUGUGGAAGCCAUGAUAAAAGCUGAUCGAAAGAUUACUGCCUUAAAACAAUUGCAAGGUCAUAUAUGGCAGACUGGAUUUGAGAACAAUGAACUAGAGGGAGUAGUUUUUGAAGAUGUACCUGAAGCUCUUGAGAAGUGGAAUACCUUGGGCAUAAAGGUAUACAUAUAUUCUAGUGGAAGCAGGUUGGCCCAGAGGCUUAUAUUCGGCAAUUCAAACUAUGGGGAUUUGAGAAAGUAUUUAUCUGGGUUUUUUGACACUGCAGUGGGAAAUAAAAGAGAAACACGCAGUUAUGUUGAAAUCUCAGAGUCAGUGGGAGUUGAUAAUCCCUCUGAUGUGUUAUUUGUGACAGAUGUCUAUCAAGAAGCCAUAGCUGCAAGUGCUGCAGGCUUGAAGGUGGUGAUCUCUAUCCGGCCCGGAAAUGGUCCUCUUCCGGAGAAUCAUGGAUUCAAGACGAUCAAUUCAUUCUCGGAGAUCUAAAGGAAGAUAUUUUCCUUGUGUAAUAGCAUCAAAUUAUGUGAAAAAUAGGCAACUUUGGGAGACUAAAUUCCGGUUUUCCAUUUUCCUUCUCUCUUCAUCUUCAUUGUAAUGCUAGUUCUUGAUUUGUUUAACAUAAAAACCCUGUUUAGAUAUCCUUGAUUAAAUGAAUAAAUGAUAUCCUUGCUUUCGAUAUUCUAAAUAUGGAAGCUACCCUUUUCGUGGAAUGAAGCUGAUUCUCGGCU